CGCAUGAUAUCUCGUAUUGAAAGAGCUUGGAGCGUGCCGGUUCUUUCGUGGUUUUCGCAUGUGGUCUGGGGUCUGGGUGUUGGGCAUUGUAUAAACAACGGUCGUUCGCUUAACUUCGUAUACCCGUAUAUCCGGUGUUUUUGUAUGGGAUUUGGAGAGCUUGGCAAAGAAAGGAAAUUGGAGUCGGUCGCUUUUUCUAAGGAUGUACGGCAUACGGAUGAUACCUCUUUUUGUA